AUGAACAAGAAGCGGGGCUCGGAAAGAAACGAUCCCUCCCGCAAUCCGGAACAAGGCGAAGGAGAGAGGCCAGCCAGGUUUCGGUGCGCUGGACACGACACCGAUGAUGAUGGUUCAACGAACUUGCUGAAACAUCCGAAGCAAAGGGGGAAGGAGCACGUGAUCUACUUGUCGAUGAUCGUCAUCAAAAUACUGAGGCGGCAGUAUUUGCUUUAUUUAGCUUCUUCAAAAUCAUUCUUCUCGCUACCCCAACUAGAAUCAGAUCCAGGAUCUAAUAAGGGAUUAGAAUCAGGAUCAAAAUUUUUCCAUCACAAGAAACCGUGUGAGAAGUCCGCAGGCCAACCGGCCGAAAAGAAUGAGAAGAAGCCAGCUGCGGCUGUUGCUGCUUCCGUAUCCGGUGAGAAGUAGGCUGCUCCGGAGAAGAAGCCAGCUUUCGAGAAGAAACCAGCGGAAAAGAAGCCCGCUGAAAAGCAUCCGGCCUCCGAGACCAAGGCUGCCCCAGAGAAGAAGAAGGCUGCUGCCGGAACCGAAAGCAAGAAGGCUCCAGCUGCGUCCCCUAAAGCCGAUGCCAAGAAGAAGAAUGCCGGCAAGGCCAAGGGAGCUACCGAUGCUGCUGCCGAUGCCAAGAAGGCUGCCCCAGCAGGUGCUAAGAAGGCUGCCGAUGGCAAGGCUAAGACGGCCAAGGCCGGAGACAAGAAGGCUGCCCCGGAAGCUAAGAAGGCGGAAGCCACUGCUGCCAAGAAGGUUGUCACUGGAGACAAGAAGGUUGUAGCCGGUAAGAAAAAGACUGUCCCCAGGAAGAAGGGCUCUGCCACGACCGCCAAGAAGGAAGCCGCCGUAGUGAAGAAGCCGGUUGCCAAGAAGGCCAUCCAGGCUAAAGUGCAGAAGGGUGCGGCCAAGGCUCGCGCAGCUGCCAUCCUGCGGGCCAAGCGUACCAAGACCAAGGUCGUCAAGGGACCGUUCGGAACGGCUCUGCGCAAGAUCCGCACCACGGUCAAGUUCCGUCGGCUACGCACCCUGCGGCUGCCGCGUAAUCCCAAGUUCCAGAGGAAGUCGGUAGCCACCCGUAGUCGCAUGGACGCCUACAACAUCAUCAAGUACCCGCUGACGACAGAAGCGGCGAUGAAGAAGAUAGAGGACAACAACACCCUGGUGUUCCUGAUCCACCUGCGGGCCAACAAGAACCACGUCAAGGCCGCAGUUAAGGAUCUGUACGACAUCAAGGUGUUCAAGAUCAACACCCUGGUGCGACCGAACGGCAAGAAGAAGGCCUACGUGCGGCUGCCCCGGGACUACGACGCGCUCGCCAUCGCCAACAAGAUCGGUAUCAUCUAAGAAGCGACAAGGAGCGAUAUUUUAUGUUUCGAUUAUAUUUUUCCAAUUUUCUUAACUUGUAAGAAUCAAAUGAAGCAGAGUCUGAUGACCACUCUCAGGAGCAAUUGCGUUUAGAAAAACCAAGGAAAA